GGAAGCUUUGUGAUGAUUGUGUGAUUGAUGGCGUAUCACUUCAAGUUUUGAACCACUGAAAACCCUUUACUGGUUUAAUCAUGAUCAAUCUGCUAUGAUGCGUGCCUAAGAAGUAACGCUUCAUUCUAGCUGAUAUCAGGGGUAAGGUAUUCCUGUGGACGUUGAAAAUGUUGGAUUGUGUUUGCCCAUUCGCUAGCUAUAUGUUAACAUUUCCUACUGACUGACAAGACAUCAGCCAGAAAUGUGUUAACGUAAUAUUAAACGUACGAAACGUGCAGCGAGAUGAACCGCGCGUUUCCGUUCAGCAUAAAACGGCUGACCAAUUGAAUACAAUAUUUGUGGGUUUAGAAAUUCCACUUGUUACCUGUCCAAGUCGCGGGCAGCUAGUAGCCAACACAAUGUCUAAAGUAGAGCGACUAAACGCCCGGGUGGCGAAAUUGUUGACGGUAGCGGUGCAUGAAGUCCUGGAGGUGGUACGAGAGACGGUGUCGGAGUACCAGGAGAAAACCGCUAGGACCCAGAGGGAGAACGAGAGACUCAGGAGAAAGGUUCAAGAAUUACAGGGAAAACAGAGGAGAGAUUGUGUGGGGGCUGAGUCAUCUGUCAGUGGAGGUACAAUCGAAAUGACCCUCGGAUCUCUGCAGACUUUUACUCUCAAGCAGGAGCAGAACGUUGAAACGCUGCAGGAUUCUGAACUAAAUCAAGUUGACGCCGAACAAAUCAUCAUUAAGUGUGACUCUCCAAGUGAACAUGAUGAAUCCGCCUGCGAAAUGAUCUCUGGGGUCCAGAAUGAGGACUUCACGGAGGAGAAUGACCAGGAUUUAGUUCAUUUUGUGGCCUGCUACAGGAACUCUGCGGCUGUGGAAAUUCCAGUCCUUAGGAAUAUCCAGAAACAUACUCAGAGAUGCAAGGAAGUGACUGGCUGUGAAAUUCCAUCUGAGGAAAGGACUACAACGGAGAGUAAGUUAUUUGUAGACAAACCGCUAUGUCCAGAAGGAGGCUCUAGCACCCAUAACUCAGAACUGAUUGGGUCCCAGCAGUCACGACCCAAACAUCUAGCCAACACGCUAGACACAGACUCCCCUGUCAACACUCUGAACACCUCACCUGCUCACGGUCCACACACUUCCCGUUCAGGACCAGCAAGUUACCCCUACCUCACUGUCACUCAGAUCAAAACCGAGGCGGACACAGAUGAUUUCGGCAGCAGCAGCGGCGCCCUCCAGAGGGGCGAUUAUGUAACUGCAGGCUUUGAAAGUUUCAGGGAUCAGCCGGAACACUCGCUUGACCUCCAGGCGGCAGCAGCAGCAACCUCCAGUUCCUGCAGGGUGGCUUACGUUCCCCCCAGCAGUAACGGUCUCCAAGACGGCCUCUUUCUGGAGAAUGGCUAUGAGGUGACGCUAGAGGCCAACCCGGAUAACCUGGGGGGUCAGCUCAGCGCGGCGCCAAUGAGCCGGCAAGGCCUGGGUGGAGGGUUGGGGGGUCUGCCGCGCCCAUACACGCGCCACCAUCACAACCACCCCAUUGGGGUGCCGAAGCGCUACUGUUGCCCCCUUUGUGGGCGCAGCUUCAACCACGCGGGGGACUUCAAGAAGCACAAGCGGGUUCACACGGGGGAGAAGCCGUACGGCUGCGGCGUGUGCGGAAAGAGAUUCAGCCAGUCGGGCUACCUGACGGUGCAUCUGCGGUACCACACCGGAGAGAGACCCUACAGCUGCGGCCUGUGUGGAAAGAGCUUCAGUCACUCCAGCAACUUCAGGAAACACCAGCAGACGCACGUAGGCCAGAUAGCAUUAAACACGUAACUACAGAAAACCUCCUUUGUGGAGGCGUAGGUUUAGGUCGUUUGGCUUUCGAACAACAUUAUAAGGUGGCUGUGUCUGUGCACACAGACCUCCUUAAGAAUCAUGUCAUCCUGAAUAUGUGGGGAAUGUGCGCACACAUGCUGAUGGAGGCGAUGAUAGUACAUGAUAGGACAGUAUGUAGUUUUGUUGUAUGUUAAAGUGCUUCUAAAUGUACAGCAAGGGCAGAAAUGCACGAAAUACCAGAAACAGGAUGGAUGUACGGUGUUGAAAUAUAAGAAACAUUUGUUUCAUGUCUCUGUAAUUACACAGUUGUUUUAAAGCAUUUUUGUAUUUUGAUAAAACGCACAAACUGCCACCCUGAAGAUGGAACCUUAUUUAUUUCUGUUUGAUAAUGUUGAAUAUAUGUUUAGAAACUUCUAUGUUUUUAUAUAAUGGACAUGCCAUUUGUCCCCACAUGGAUACUGUUUCUCUUCAUCACUCAGCCGAUUACAACAUCUAUUAUGCAGUACUGGUCUCUUCAAAAAGAAGUUUUAAGAUUAUUUUUGAGUUGUGUCAAAGGCGGUGCAAAAUAACUUUCCAUCUGUAAUAAAGUGAUUUGAUAGAA